UCUGUGAGCUGCUGUGUGAUAACAGUGUUGGAAGGCGGAGGGUGCGCACCGGCAGCUGACUCCAGAAGGUCCCGGACAGACGCGCGAUGGUGCGGACUCAUUGAUAAAAUCCGUGCCGCUGGAAUUAAAAUGAGCUCUCCUGCUGCGCGGCUCUCCUCCUCCUCCACAUAGCGCUGCCUUUCCCUGCACAAGAGCUGUUUUUAUGUGACUCCAGCAGACGAAGCAGGAUGACUACUACCUUGUCGCUGGUGAUUUUGUGCGCUUUGGUGGCGGUAGCGUUGGCCUCGAAGACGGAGCGGGCCGUGCUGCUGCCCUGUGACUCGGGUCAGUACACCACCAGCGGAGAAUGCUGCAAGGAGUGUCCACCUGGGGAGGGAGUGGUGAAGAAAUGCGGUGCUACUCAGACCGUGUGCGCCCAGUGUUUGGACAGUGAGACCUUCUCGGAGAACUACAGCCACACAGAGCAGUGCAGGCCGUGCACUCAGUGCACCGGCCUGAUGCGCAUGGAGACGCCCUGCACCGACUCCAACGAUGCCAGAUGCGUCUGUAACUACAACUACUUCUACAGCACGGUGUCGGGCCGCUGCGAGCCAUGCACCGUGUGCCCGGUGGGGCAGGGCGUGUUCUCCCACUGCGACCAUGACCACGACACGGUGUGUGAGGAGUGUGUGGACGAGACCUUCUCUGACCGGGAGAGCUCCCUCGAACCCUGUCUGCCCUGCACACUCUGUGAAGAGGACACUGAGAUUCAGAUGGCUUUGUGCACACCGACCAGAGACUCUGUCUGCCACAAUCCUUCCCUCCCUACAUAUGCCACCACUACCUCCGACAUGGAUCUGUCUUCGUCCUCGUUCCCCAAUUACCUCUUUCCUGACGGCUCUGACAGCCCACUGCCCGGCGGAGAGACGACCACGUCCAGCGCCGGCUCUCCUCGCUUCCUCGGUCACGGCCUCAAUGAAAACCUCAUCCCCAUCUACUGCUCCAUCCUGGCCGCUGGGGCGGUCGGCCUGGUGGCUUAUUUCGUUUUUAGGAGGUGGAACAGCUGCAAGCAGAACAAGCAGGCGGCUAAUAACCGUGCAGCUACAAACAACCAGAUGGUGACGCCGGAGGGAGAGAAGCUGCACAGCGACAGCGGCAUCUCGGUGGAUAGUCAGAGUCUGCAGGAGCAGCAGCAGCAGCAGCAGCAACAGCAGCAGCAGCAGGCCCAGGCUGAAGUCCAGGCUCAGCCUUCACACUCUCACACACAGGAACAGAUAGUGGUGAGGGUGGACGGUGGCCCCCAGCCCGACUCGCCUCCCCCUGAAGUCUGAGGAAGAGGAGGAAGAGGAGCUGAAGACGGGGAGAAGAGAGAGAGUGGACCAAAACAAGGGCAGGGUGGGCCACGCAGAGAAUGUAAAAAAACUGACGAGUGGCCGUGGACUUGACUUUUAUGGACUUCCCAGCACCUUUGGGCCACAGCGUGACUCUUCAUCCCUGCAUAUAGAGUCUAACUCUGUCAUUCAGUGUGCCUGGACACGACCUCUACGGCAAUAUCAACCACUAUCUUAACUAGUGUUACACAGAUCGUAGAUAUACGCCAGUGCAUCUCCUAUUAAUUCCAGUAUGUCAUCCUCCGUAGCUGCCAGUUUAGUAUCUUCUGCCCCUUUCUAAGCUAUUAAUUUUGUAACCGCUUGCCAUGAAACGUCUGUGCCUGAAAGGUAAAUAGGCAGAAAGGUACUCCAUUAUGUCUUCUUUCUUUUUUCCCUGCGCAUCAAAGAGACUGGGGCAGCUUUUUUCCUCUUGCAUCUUCCACUCUCAGAUAAUCCUCUGUCUCUCUCCAUAGGAUUCACUCUAUUAGACCCCUGCCGUCAUCAGCGAUACAAAAAGCAGCAGGGGGGAGUUGUGAGUCAUUCCCAGCUUCCUCUGAACUUUUCCCGUCUCUUGUAUCGCUGAACUGCGGAUGAGUUUGGUGUCAUGUUGUCUUUACGUCAUUGUCAACCGACCGACCGAUCGGGAAGAGACGUCAUUUACUGUACAAGGCUGCUCGGUAUUCUUCCACACCAACAGAAACCCCCUUCGCAGUGCCUCCGGGGGGUUGUGUUUCAGUAAUUUUGUGCUUAUAAUGUAACACGCCCAAAUGUUUGUCUCCUGUUUGCGGUGCGGUGCUUUCAUUUUGUGGCUUGAGUUACACGGCUGAUUCAGCAGGGUGCCUCCACAGUCCCCCAGUGGAGCUUCUCUGGACUGUGGAGCUCUGCUGACUCACUGCGAUGAGGGGAAAGGGAAAGGCCUCUGAUGAACAAAUUAAAAAGAAAAAAAUGCUUAAAUGAAAAAAAAUCUGGAACAAGGAAUCCCAUCUAUAAUAUCUUACACUUACUGAGCAGAAAAUUGGGACACCCCUCAGAGGCACACUUUCUGAAAAGCACUUCUGUUUCCACACGCUCGCUCUUACAGUCUUGCAUACAGCUCUGCCUGAUAAACAGUGCUGAGGCGCUAGUGCUUUGUCGCCGGCGCUCGCGUCAACACAGGGCCCAUUAGAGCGACGUCCUGACAGGCAGGUAGUAAUUACCUCAGGGUUUCAGCUUCAUUUACCCUCUGCUCCACUCUCAUCAGGAUGAAUGCGGCGGACAGCAUAGAGGCGACGGAGCGCCGAAGCCUCAACGUGACAUUACAGAUCCCUUAUCCAACGCUGAGGCCACUGACAUUUACUACAGCGCCAAGGUGUUAUAAAAGCACUUAGUGCAGGCUCACUUCUAAGGCUGGGUAGCACCUUUUAUCACGGAGGACCGCUUUCAUGUCGCCCCCCUCCUGCUGCUUGCAGUCGACAAACAGUAGACACCUUGUAAAAGAAGCAAACUGUAGCUGAGCUGAACUGCACUGCUUUCAUUCCUACAGGUUCCUUCUCAGGGUCCCUCUUGUUGUGGUGACUAAAAAUUAGAAAGAGAUUUUAGAAAAAUUUGUCUGUAGAUGUAUGAGAGAGAUAUAAUGCAGCGUAGACAGGCACGAUAAUCAAAUUCCAACAUGAUUCAGGAACAGAUGGAUUUAAAGUUUGAUGCUUGGACUUAGACGUGGAGGAGAAAAUUGAUACCAUGAAGCUACAGGCAGCAGCACUGGUUAUCACUGAACAAUCUGUGAUUCAUUUGGAAUUCAAAAAUAGAUCUGGUCUUUGUUUUGAAAAUCAAAAACAGAAGAACAGUUUCAGAAGUCUGAAACAAAAAAUAAAAACUAAUCAAGUGUUUUUGGUUUUAGGCAAUUCCUUUUCUUGUGUGUUUUUUUUUGUUUUUUUGUUUUUGUUUGGAAAACAAAAGCAUAAGGCAAGUGGCUUUUGAGUUUACUUCAGUUUUAAUUAUUUUAACAACUAAAAACCCAAAGAUUUUUUGCUUCCAAAUUGAGAAAACCAAACAAAAGAAUAUCUAUCUAUCUAUCUAUCUAUCUAUCUAUCUAUCUAUCUAUCUAUCUAUCUAUCUAUCUAUCUAUCUAUCUAUCUAUCUAUCUAUGUGCAUAUGUGCGAACUAAAACAAAUGAAACCUGGAAAACUUGCUAGCCGAAGCUGGCUGGUUUCACUCGGAAACAGGGUUACCUAGGCAACCAGAGUCUGGAAUAUCCACUCGCGACCGACUAAGCAUCGGUUAGAAGAUGUUGAGUGACGAAAACAAAUCGCAAAAAAACUCACAUGGCGUCAAAAGGAACUGCCGGAAACCAAAACCAGACCAUGUUUGAUAGUUUUUUUGAUUCUGAAAGGUUUUUUUGGGGGUUGUUGGUUGAAUUACAAAUAAAAACAAAUUGCCUGUUGAUACCCAGAUUGCAGCAGCUGGUUUACUUAGUUUAGCAUUAAGAUAUUGCCUGGCUCCUUCCAUAGUUAAAAACCAGCAUUUCUAAACUCAUCAAUUCUUUGUCACAUGCAAAAACUACAAUGCAAAACACGACACGCUGUUUUUGCAGGGGCGUUACGUGCCAUUAUCCCUGCUCAAGUGGUGUCAAUCUUCUCGUGCAUCUCUGAGGAUGAAUAAGGAUACAAACCAUUGCUUGGGAGGAGAGUGAAAUGUGUUUACUUGUUAGCGGAGCUUGUGGAGUUUUGUGAAUGCUACACAGAUAAGAAAGGUCACAGAGCGAGGAGAAGAAAGGGAAAGUGAGUCAUUACUGUACAUCCUGUGUGGCGCUGCGUGGACCCAUCACGUGGUCGCCAACAUCUCAAGACAAUUAAACUUUCCUCACUUGUGAUUCAUGUGUCACUGCAGCGUAAUGAAUGGAAACAGACGAACCUCGGCUGUAGUUUGCUCACUUCUGAUGUGGUGUGGACAUGUGACCACACAAACACACACACACACACACACACACACACACACACAGGCAGGCUAUGAUUCACUCUUCUAUUGAGAGAGCCGGUAUGAUUCAUCCUGCUUCUCGCUGUGGCAGUGACAUUAAAGCAGACUCUGCUACAGUAUGAGUGACCAGAGUGUUGAUUUAAAGAAGAAGAAAAAAAGAAAAAAGACACACUCACUCCUGGACUCCAUCUUCCCCUGAGGCCCAAUCAGCCCUCCAGCAGCGCACUCAUCUACCCUGAACCGAUUUAUUCUGUUUCUCCAACAGCUUGUGUGUAAGAAUGUACAACCUGAAUAUAAACAGAAAAAAUAUGCAAGACACAUUCAAGGACAAGGUUUAAGUUUGCCCAAAAUGUUUAUUUGUAAGUUGUUUUUUUUUGUCUUUUCCUUUUCAUUUGUAUUCUGAAUAGUAUUACACUUUUGGAAUCAGUAUUUUUCCUAACUGAUGUUAUUUUGUAGCACUUAUUAGACGUAAUAUGAAUGCACUCAAAGAGUGUACCACAGUUCAAGUGCCUGUGUACAGUGUUCAGUGUCUUUGAGUUCAGAAGUUUGACGAUUUUUUUUUUCCAGUUUUUCAUUUAUUUUAUGGUUUAAUGUGCUUUUUUUUAAUAUUUUGAGAGAAAAUGAAGGUUUUUCGUAAAUCGAAGUCAGCACUAUAGAUGAACUUUGGAGACUCAAGCAAACUGUAUAAACCUGGCACCACUAUAGAGAGACUUGCAGUACAAAUAGGUUGCCAGAGAACACAUACUGUAUGUUAACAUGCUAUAGAUACUGGUAACUAAUAGGGUCAUGUAGCAUUAUGAAAACAUUUACAUGUCACCUAGGACUAUUCUAAAACUCACAUAUGCUAUUUGUCAAUAGAAAUCAGCUCUACUGUGCAGAUGUUUUGCAUGUACAGUAAGUUUUAUCACGUACCUCCAUCUCAGAGGCAACAAGACAUGUAAUCUGCAGUAACAUGAAAUCUAUGGGGAGGUUCACUGUGAUUCUCUGUGACAUUAUUACUUGAUACAGACAGAUCAGGACCUGGUCCCAGAAAAGCUGAAUGUCAUCUGUAGUUAGCUACUAAUGUAAAAUGCAUUGUGUAAAUGUGAAUUUCUUAGAGUUGAUACAAGAUACAAAAAUACACUACAAAAUGUAAAAAAAACAAAAAUGUGUGCAAGUGAAAUGAACAUCUAUAAUAAAAUAAACAGAGAUGUCAUUGCA